UAACCUCUUAGGUUUGUUUUUGUUGUUUACCCARAGUUUUCCGUAUUAACCUAAAAAACGCUUGAUYSGUGUGGUGCACGUUUGGUGCUUAAAUUUAGUGAAUACUAUACUAAUCUCCGAUUCUUCCGGUGAGAGCCCCAAUUAUUCCUUGGUCGUUUCUUGCAUUGCAUGUUCUUUUCACGUCUCGCAUUAAUUGCUUGAUCCUUUCCAGACCGGUUCUGAAGACUCUUGACUACAUCACCAAAAAUGGCUUUUGUUCUGGAUGCUGUUGGGGAUCGUCCAGAUGAUGCCCCAAACAAUCAGUUGUUCUCUUUGAACAAUGAUAGUUCGACAAUUGCAAAGCCUUCCUCAGUGGAGGUGAGAAGAAAAUUGAGAGACGCAAUCUUUUCCUUCUCAGAUUCUACUGAGGGAUUAGCAGAGUACAAGAAGCGUCUCUUUGAACUGAAUGGCAACACAAGCCCGGCUCAAAGUCACGCAAACGUGCCUAAAAAACAUAAACUAGUGAAGCCUUUGAUUCCGGAGACUUCGUUCGRGAUGAAAAAAGAUGAAAAUGCGCACAGUUACAGAAUCAAAAAACAGUUACAGUCUGAGGUGCAAAAAGCGCUAAGCAAAGCGGUUGUUACGCCCGACUUUGAGCAGCUGGCAUCUGUGCCUCCAUACGAGGUCUCAAAGAGGAAACUUCUGCGAGAGAGAAAGAAGGAAAAAGACAAGACCAAAGGCACUGGUUGGUUUGGAAUGCCAGCUACAGAAAUGACCGAUGAAGUCAAGAAUGACUUGGAAAUUGUACAAAUGAGAUCCGUCUUGGAUCCUAAACAUUUUUACAAGAAAAACGAUUUGAAGGUUCUGCCAAAAUAUUUCCAGAUUGGUAAAGUAAUGGAUUCGCCGUUGGACUUCUACAGCAACCGGCUAACGAAAAAGGAGCGCAAGAAGACUCUGGUCGAUGAGCUGUUGGCUGACGCCGAGUUUCAGCAACAUAAUAAGAAAAUGUAUCGUUCAAUCAUGGAAGAGAAGCAGAAAACUCACUAUAAAAGCUGGAGAAAAACGAAAAACUUAAAAAAGAAGAAAAACAAAUAAAUUCUGUAUUAAAAAUAGCAGAUUAUCGUCGCUUAUUUAUUUACUUUUAUUUCCAACUUUAUCUGAGCUCUAAAAAUGCAUUAAGGUAGUCUGAAGAAAAAAUGUAGAUUUCAAAGAAGUUAAACUGAUGAUGCAUUUUAUCACAGUUAAUUCUACUAGAGGGGAUAAAAUGUACUUUUUUGUACCGAAUGGAAUAAAGUUAGUUUGCGGCGCAAAA